UCAGAACUGUCGUUUCCGAUGAACUUUGACCCCACAGACUUGAUUCAAAGUCAUCGAAACAUACAUACGCACUUUACUCAGCUUAUGGACCUGCUUGGAAGACUAAUUAACAUGCGAAAAUCUUGCUCCGAAGUCGGAAGACAAAGCCCGUCCUCUGAAAUGUGCAUCACCACGGGCAGACCUUUGUUUAUUAUUUCAGUGACAACCGCCUGACGCAGCCACGUGCCUGGGUCGUUUUUCAUGCACAAUGUCUCCCUCGGAACUCGACCAAUGAGUGGGGUCCGUCGGUCUGAAAAAAAUGCCAGCCACACUGUGUCAGCUCUGACACUGAUGUAUCCCAGAGGUCGGACGGACCAUCAAGGCCGCGCCUCUGUGUAUACACGGCGCGGUCUCGUCUGGGUCAGUCCGGCGCGACCGGCGGUCUCCGACCUCACGAGCCGCUCCCUCCGUCGUCCGGCAGCGGGACGGUAGAGGAGGACGGUGGUGAGGAGGGGAGCGGCACCGAUAGCCAGCCCUGAUGCUGGUGGUGCGGGUGGUACCGGUCGGACGGUCCCGGCUGGUCAGUGCCGCGGUCCGGCGGCGGCCGAUGUCGGCGCUGACCGGGUUCGCUCCCACCGCCUCCAUCCUGACUACACCGGCACGCUGCAACAGCCAGCUCGCCGCCGACGCACACAGAAGACGGCACAAAAAUGUAAUCACCGGCCCGGACGCCGUCGCGCUGCGUCUCCACAGAGGGCACCUGGUGGUUCAGCACCCCCGCUGGCCGGUGGACGACGCCUUCUUCUCGCUGGCCUGGCUGCGGGACCACUGUCGAUGUCGACACUGCUACGACGACUCCACAUUCCAGAGAAAGACUGAUGUGCGUCAGCUCUCAUCCGUGGGCAAUCCUCUGCAGUUCAACGUGAACUCGACGGGAACCGUGCUGGAGAUCAUAUGGCACGACGGCCACCAGUCCGAGUACAGUAUGCGGUGGCUCUGGGAGAACAGCUAUGUGGGCGCCAGGCACAGAGAGCAGCGCCAGAGCCGGCUCUGGCAGAGGUGCCUCUGGGACGGCCGACGGACCUCGGCGGAGGACCUGACCUCCGUGGUGUACGACUCCUUUAUGAGCACCGAGGAGGGCGUCCGUAGGCUGAUGAAGGGUUUCCUGACGCACGGCGCUGCUGUCGUCACUGGGGUGGCGCCCACACCCGCAGCGACCCAGGCCGUGGUGGAGCGGGUGGGCGUCGUACAGCACACCAUGUUCGGCGGUGUGUGGGAGUUUACAGCCAACGGACGACACGCGGAUACUGCCUACGGCCGGGACGAGCUGCUGCCGCACACGGACGGCACCUACUACAGCGAGCCGCCCGGUGUGCAGGUGUUCCACUGCCUGGCGCAUGACGGUCACGGCGGCGAGACCACGCUGGUGGACGGGUUCGCGGCGCUGCACGCCCUCCACCAGGCCGACCCGGCCGCCUACGAGCUGCUGUCGCGCGUGCCGUGUGCCGGUGAGUACCGCGACCCUUCCCGGCGGCUGCACAUGGUCGGCGACGGGCCCGUGAUCGCCCACCGCGCCGGCGCGGAGCCUACGCCCGAGAGCCUGCUGCGGCUGCGCUUCAACCCGUACGACCGAGCGGCGGCGCGGCGCGGCGAGCCCGCGGAGGUGGAGGCCUUCUACGGUGCGUACGGCCGGCUUACGGAGCUGCUCUGGGACGCGCGGCGCCGACUGCGACUCAAACUGAGACCUGGCACCGUCAUUCUGAUCGACAACUGGCGCGUGCUGCAUGGCCGCGCCGCGUUCACCGGGCGGCGGCAUAUGUGUGGUGCCUACAUGGCACGCAGCGAUGUCCUCAGUCGCGCCAGGUCUGUGGGGCUACUAAUCUAGAUGCCACGCCUUGUCUAUCGAACAGCAAAACCGCCAGUCUUCCGUACAAGGAC